AUGAUGGCUUCAAGCUUCAGGGACUGCAAGGCAUGGAGUGCAGAGAACCUCCCGAUGUCCACCAGCAGUAAUGAGGCUUGCAAACUGUAUGACGCCAUCCUCACUCAGUACGUCACAUGGAAGAACGAUGAAACCUUGGGAGGAUUUGAAGGAUGCCUUUCUGCGAUCACAGCAGCAGACCCUAACUUUGUCAUGGGCCAUGUGAUCAGUACGGGGCUGAAUCUGGUCUCAACAUCCAGCUCCACCCGCCUGGAUGAGAGUCUGGCCGGCGCUGUGAGGCGAACAGUGGAGCUGGCCAACAGCCAGGAGAUCUCUCCCAGAGAGAGGCUCCAUGUCAAGGCUAUGGAGCUCUUUUCACAUGGUAACUAUCCGAAGGCCUGCGAACUAUGGGAAGACAUUCUGGUCGAUCACCCCACUGACAUGCUGGCUCUAAAGUUUGUUCAGGAUGCUUACUUCUACAUGGGGGCCCAGCUCCAGCUCAGGGACUCUGUGGCCCGGGUGCUGCCCUACUGGAAACCUCACAUGCCUUUGUUCAGCUAUCUGAAUGGAAUGUAUUCGUUUGGUCUCAUGGAAUGUCGCCUCUAUGACCAGGCAGAGAAAGUGGCCAUGGAGGGCCUGGCGAUGGCUCCAGGUGACGCCUGGUCGGUUCACUCUGUAGCCCACGUUUACGAGAUGACAGCACAGGUGGACAAAGGCUUGAAGUUCAUGGAGAGCAGAGAGAAAGACUGGCAGGUAUCUGACGUGCUGGCCAGUCAUAACUACUGGCACUGGGCUCUAUGCUUCAUCGAGAAGGGGCAAUACGAAGCCGCUCUGGAGAUAUUCGAUUCUCAGGUAUUCAGACGUUGUAAAGCCACAGGAUCCAUGUUGGAAGCUGUCGAUGCCUCUUCCAUGCUCUACAGACUGGAACUGGAGGGUGUGUGCGUGAAGGAUCGCUGGCGAGAGCUGUUCCAGAUAACGCAGCCUCACACUGAUGAUCACGUGACCCUGUUUAACGACGCCCACUUCUUCAUGGCGUCGCUGGGAGCUAAAGAGAGCCGAAGUUCUCAGCGCCUGCUGGAGGGCCUCCAGGAAUUGUCUAAAGAGCCAGGGGUCAAUCUGCAACAUCAGAUGGGACGGACAAUCGGUGUACCCAUGUGUCAGGCCAUGAUGGAGUACGACCAGGGCAACUACAAUCGCACCGUGGACCUUCUGUUGCCGAUACGCUACCGCCUGGUCAAUAUGGGUGGCAGCGAUGCACAGAGGGAUGUCUUCAAUCAACUGCUUAUUCAUGCAGCCAUGAAAUCGGAGGAUAAGCACCAUCAGAAGCUUGGAAGAGGUCUUCUGGUGGAGCGCGAAGCCAUGAGGCCAAACUCCCCAAUGACAGAUCGUCUGAUGCAGAGAGCUCUGGCCCUUCACAUCUAGACGGAUCAAGAUGAGCAGGGCAGUUCCCAACAUGCACAACACAUAAAGCAACAUAUGAAUCUGAUCUCCACUGCUUGGCUUAAGGAAACUCAUGUAACAGUAGAAACCUGGCAAUGUAGUCAACAUAUCUGCAACUCAUUAUAUAUUAAUAUUUUAAAUUAAAUACUUUUUCGUGAUUUAAGCUUUAUAACACAUUUCUCAAGUUUACGAGCUUAUAUAAAACGAAGUUGCUAAUUUGCAUGAUCAAUAGCCUUAUAUCCUCUGAGAUGAUUAUUGUAUCUCUCUAAUCAAUACUGAUCUGUUUAACUAACCUUGUUUUAUAUUUUAUAAGAAAACAUCACAUUUACAAGUUAUUCAGAAAUAUAAUCAUCAUGUCAAAGUCAAUAUAAAAAAAGCAUCUUCAAAACCAAUAAAUAUACACUCAUUCGCA